AUGAGAGGGAGCAGUCUAGUGCAGGCGACGAUAAUAUUCUUCAUUGGAUACCUUGUCGUGUGUGCACAGUGUGGUCUCGAUAAUAAGCAAACGGCGGUCAACCAAGAUGAUUAUGCGGCAAACACAAGUACCAACGCUACCAUCGUCAACUCGACGUCUGUAGGCGAGAGCAAGAUAACGGUCAAAUUUUGCAUCCGCAAUUUCUUAUGUGAUUUCCCAGAUGGGUACCAUGGUACGUGCCACUGCUGCCAGAAUAAUCGCAAGUGUUUCAAGAAGCGGAGUCAGUGCCUGGACAACUGCCCUACCUGCAACCCUAAAUGCCCACCUCUGUCGGGAUCUCAGGGAUAG